GUAGUCUCGCAGUCGGCGCGAGACCGCGCUACUGGAAGGGUCGGUGUGUUGUCAUAUAUGUGGAUGUACGCAAACGCCUCUCUCAGAUUCUCUCUUUCCAUCACACUCGCCUUAUAAUCACCUUACUCGCACAAGAAUAUCGACAACGACAAAAACAAAAUCAUUAGACGACAGAAUAUAGGAGAAAAAACGUGCGAGGAAAGAAGAAACGAAGUUGACUGCGUGUCGCGAACCACCCCUUCCCGCUCACCGAGUGACCAAACGAGAGAAACGGUUUUUUUUCCUCGUCUAUACGUACGUACGUAGAGAAGGAACGACCGUGUUCGUAAACCGCAUCCAAAAGUUAAGUACACGCCUUCGACCGAAUUCGAAAGUUACAAAAAUAUCGCUGUACCUACGACGUUUACAGUUUAAUAUCAACACGGGGGUGUGAUUUUAGAGAAGAAAUACACGAUCGGUUGGAUACCGACGGACCGAAGAAGUCUCUGUGAUCUCGAUGUGCCUGGUUGUAUAUUAUUUACGAAACGUAUCGGUUUGUAGCGUGUUUGUGCGCAGCUCACGAACAGAACUGGGAAUAAGUGCGUUCGCACGAACGUGUGUGUUCACCGAGCAAAGGAUACGCUUUUCAUAACGUUUCGAUCGAGCGAGGAACUUUUCCUCCGUAGUGCCAUUUUGUCGAAUGGAGAUAGAAUUAAACUAGUGAGGGACAGAAUAACGACGAGAGUGUCGUUUUUCUACCUAUUACCGUGGAUAGAUAGAAAAAUGAAAAAGGAAUGAUAACUGGGGCGCGGCGUGGAUUGUGUGUGAUAUUCGAUUUUUUGAUCGAUCAUCGAAGGAUUAUCGGUGUUGAUUGUUGUUUAAUAGUCGUCUAUAUUUACCACUUGGGUUGUGUUACCGACCGUGCAAGAAACUCGUUGCGACGGCUCGGAGACAAUCGCUACUGUGAUAACGAACGAUAUUCGUUUUAAAAGUAAAUUUAGUGCCUGUCUUUGUGAUCCGUGACAUCGUUAUUCGUCGGAAGUUAACACUCGAAACGACUUCGUUUAAUUCGCAUCGUGGAAGGAGUUGAAUUUUGAAAGCAUCGGAUGCGCGGGAGCUUUUAACGAACAGCGGGACGAGGUGGGAGGCAGUACGGUGGUAGCCGAGGGUGUAGUAGGCGGCAUAAAGGGCCCAGGCGGCGGGUGCCGCGCAUCCUCGAUGACGAUGGCCGAGAGCGCCGUGGAGGACGCUGCAGCCGCGCCCCCGGGUCCGGCCAAGCCGCCACCGCCCUCCUGCACCAACAACAACACCCUCGCGGCGACGGCCAACCGGAAUCACCGCAACCUCCGCCGGCGGAAACGGCUCGACCAGGUCCUCGACAUCCUCCAACACCGGAGCUCGCCCUCCGAGGGCGAGGUGUUGAGGUUCGAGGGUAGCGGCCCCGCAUCCGAGGAGGAGGAGGACGUGUUCGGCUCACCGAGGUCGUCCUCCAGAUCGGCCGCCGAUCCACCGUCCGGCAUCAGUCUGCUACCCCUCAGGUUGAAGAGCGAGGAGCCCGCCACGCCCACCGCCGAGGAGCAACGAGACGAGUCGAACGCGAACGAGUCGACCGCCGCCGCAACCACCACCACCACCACCACCACCACCAUCACCGCCAGCAACAACAACAACAACAACAACAACAACAACAAUAGCAACAACGACGACGUAAACGACGAGGAGGAGGAGGAGGAGGCGGAGGAGGAGAAGAAGAAGAACGGCGAAGGGGCGCAGCAACAGCAACAACAGCAGCAACAGCAACAACAGAAUAAUAACAAUCAUCACUCGCAUCAUCACUCGCACCACCAUCGCCACCGGCACAGGCAUCAUCACUCGCGGAACAACGCCAAUCACCCGGCGUACGACCACCUCCAUCAUCCCCCUCAUCAUCAAAGAUCCUCGGCGCCGAAAUACGCGGGUUGCACCUGCGUCCAGUGUUCCCAAUCCUCCACUCCCCCCAUGGUGCUCCCGUCCCCCACCUCCCCCCUAACCCCGCUCACCCCCCUCACCCCAUUGACCCCGCUCACCCUGCCCCCGUUAACGCCAGGAUCCCUCUCGUCGUACAGUUUCGAGCACUACAUGCACACCAAGUACCUGCCGGAUAUAUUCAGGGGCCGGAGCCACUCGGACUCGGACUUGGUCCCGGGAUGGGAGCAGAAGCCGCCCCUCUCGGCCGCCGCCUCGUCGUCCGUGUUCGUGAACCACCAUCCGUUGAGAAGCGGUUUCCUGGACAGCGACACGACCAGCCCCCAGGAGUCGCCCCUCGACCUCUCGAUGAAGAACCUGAUGGCGUCCGCGGCGGCUGCGGCCGCCGCCGCCGCAGCCGCCGCCGCGGCCGUCUCCGGCCGGCCCCCCGCCCUCCAGCUACUCCCGCCCGGAAUCGUGUCGAGGGGCUCGGUGAGCGUGCCCGUGGUGAAGGGGGACGUGGCGUCGCCCACGACCAAGGAGAGCGUGGCCGUGAGAUACAACCUCGAGGUGUCGCCCGUGGUGGAGGAGAUGCCGCCCGGGGCGGACGUCGCGUACGUGUGCCCCGUGUGCGGGCAAAUGUUCAGCCUGCACGACCGGUUGGCCAAGCACAUGGCGUCGAGGCACAGGAGGCAGGGGCCCCAGGACGCGUCCGCCAAGGCCUACCUGUGCGACGUGUGCAAGAGGAGUUUCGCCAGGUCGGACAUGCUCACCCGCCACAUGAGGCUGCACACGGGCGUGAAACCGUACACGUGCAAGGUUUGCGGCCAGGUAUUCAGCAGGUCGGACCAUCUAAGCACCCAUCAGAGGACGCACACGGGCGAGAAGCCGUACAAAUGUCCCCAGUGCGCGUACGCCGCGUGCAGACGGGACAUGAUCACCAGGCACUUGAGGACCCACGCCCGUUUCCCCGACGUUCAAACGCCUAAGAGCGAGCCGGGCCUCCUCCCGGGCGAGGACAGCCCCACCUUCGCUCGGGAGUUGGCCUCCCCUUCGGCGACGAUCAAGGCCGAAUGACGACGGCCGGGUGGAUGACCGCCGAUUCCGACGGCGGGA